AUUGCCCCAAAACAGCUGAUGAGCUUUCUGUCAGUACCCUGACACUUCCAUGUGAAUAUUUUCAUCACACGUCAUUUGUGACAAACGUGCUUAGCUCAGUACGAUUUCCUAGUUGGUUCCAGCCCACCAGUGUUGUAAGGGGAGUGAGAGAGACUAACUGGGCAAAAAAACAGAGAAACUAUUUUCUAGCUCUCCAAAGUCUGCGAGUAAAGUCCUAGUGUGUUCAAUCACAUGGUAUUUUAAGAAUGCUCCAAAGAUGGCGGUAGCAAAAGCAGUAUUAACAAGCAGAGUGCAAAAAAGUGGGUUUCUGGAAGUUUUAGUCCGCGAUCGGUGGCACAAAGUUUUGGCAAACUUAAGUGAAGAAACCCUCACUUUGAGCUGCGAGGAUCUUGGGGAGAAUGUCAACUUUAACGGCAUCGCCAAUGGAUCUUAUGGGAGCAACUCCUCCGGUCACCCUCAUCCUACAAAUAGUCCCAAAACUACAGUGCGGACUGCUUUCACUGAUUUGCCGGAGCAAGUGCCAGAAGCGAUCGCUAACAAGAAAAGAUGCGUGAAGGUCGUGAAGCAGGAGAUCGGAGGGCUGGGGAUCAGCAUCAAAGGGGGGAAGGAGAACAAGAUGCCGAUUCUGAUCAGCAAGAUUUUCAAAAGUCUAGCUGCAGAUCAGACCCAGGCUCUCUACGUAGGGGAUGCGAUCCUGUCUGUGAACGGAGUUAACCUGAGGGACGCCACUCACGAUGAAGCAGUUCAAGCGCUGAAAAGGGCUGGGAAAGAGGUGACACUAGAAGUGAAGUACAUGCGGGAGGCAACCCCAUAUGUGAAGAAAGGAUCUCCAGUCUCUGAAAUUGGAUGGGAGACACCUCCUCCAGAGUCCCCUCGCCUGGGCAGUGUUUCCUCCGAGCCUCCCUCUCCUCCAGCCUUCUCUCUCCAUGGAGACAGGAGAUACAUACCACUGAAAAUGUGCUAUGUCACAAGGAGUAUGACCAAAUUGGACCCAGAGAACAGCCAGUUUGAACUUCACUCCCCAGAUGCAAGGCACACUGUAGUCCUGAGAUGCAAGGACUCAACAACAGCACAGGGCUGGUUUAGCGCUGUACAGUCCAACGCCAUUGACUCAGUUGCCAAGGUUAUAGCAGAAGUCAAAGAGCAGAUUGGAAGAACUGGAAUCGCUGGGAGUCGAGAAAUACAACAUCUAGGCUGGCUUGCAAAAAAGCUGGAGCAUGAGAAGCAGCGAUGGAAGCCGGUUUUGGUGGUUGUAACUGAGAAAGACUUACUUCUGUAUGACGGCAUGCCAAGAAUGAAGGAGGCCUGGUACAGCCCUGCUCACACCUACCCUCUGCUGGCUACCAGGCUUGUCCAUUCAAGUCCUGGGAAAGGGUCACCACAGCCAGGAGUGGAGCUGUCCUUUGCAACUCGGACAGGCACCAGACAGGGCAUUGAGUCCCAUCUCUUCAGAGCAGAGACCAGCAAGGAGCUGUCUGAGUGGACCAGGCACAUUGUACAGGGCUGCCACAACUCAGCCGAGCUCAUCAAGGAAAUCACCACAAGUUGUACAUACAAGAACCAAGAAUGCCGUCUGACUAUUCACUACGAGCAAGGGUUCAACGUGUCAGCUGAACUGCAGGAAGGGGCUUUGUUAAAACCCCUUUUUAAUUAUCCUUUUGAGAAACUCAGAAUGUCCUCGGAUGAUGGGGUGAGGAUGCUUUUCUUAGACUUUGGAGGAAAGGAGGGUGAAAUACAACUCGAUCUCCACAGUUGUCCGAAGCCCGUCGUUUUUAUUCUUCAUUCAUUUCUCUCUGCAAAGAUUGCACGGCUCGGCUUGGUGGCGCGAGACAGAUUGACUGCUGAGUGACUGAACGAACGUCCCAGAACAGAAUCUAGUGGCUGGUAGCCAUGUAUAGUACAUUGGGGAUCAAGACACCUUUUUAACAUGGUACAAAAAAUGUGUAAAAUGGGGCCAAGUUAGACCCAGGAGUAUUUUGGGACAAAGAACAUUUGUCCAUUUGUUCACAUUGAAAUACAGUUUAAUUUAAAAUUAUAACAUAUAUUUUUUAGGAAAUGCAUAUGUAUUCAUAAUUGAAGUAGGGAUAAAUAACACUAAGCAAUUCUAAAAUAGAAUACUGGAUGAUUUGGGGUGGGGGGGGUAUUGAUGAAUGUUUAUUCUGUCUGUAAACAAUUUGGACUGAGAGGCCCUCUAAUGCAUUUGUAGCAUCCACUUCUCUGUGUUACAUGUAAGGCUGAAACAACAUCUGUUUUUUGUUUAAUACAGUAGGUGUCUACAGCUUAUGCAUAAACAGGUUACAUCUCUGGCAGCUAUUGUAAAUGGAGAACUGAAGUUUUAAAAAAAAUAGUACUAAUUUUUGAUUAGCCAUUCUUGCCUUCAUUAGUGCAAAUAAUAUUGUAUUGUACAUCUGAAGGAAGAAACUGAUUGUUUUCCCUUUGAUUCACCACCACCGUGCUUUUACAGAUCAUGAAACUGAUCAUGAAACCGGUGGCUGUUGCCUCCUUGAUUUUAGUUCAACAAUCGUGCUCUGUUAGUCAUCAUACAAUCCGACUAUGAAAAAAAGCAAUAUUGAAGUUAGAAUUUUUUCUAUACUAUGGUCCACAUUCUGAACAAGGUAUUGCUUCCUAUUAUGCACUAUUUCAUGAUAACACACAACUCAAUUUAAGUGUACUUUACUUCUUUUUAACCUAAAGGUGUGCUUGCCAACGUCUUCCAAGACAUUAUUUUCUUACUAUACAGUUUCUUAGCUUUGGUGCAACCGUCCCUAGAUUCCCACAACACAUUUUAAUUUAAUGUUGUUUUUCUUGCAUGUGUUUAACUGUAUUUAUUCAGAUUACUGUAACAGAAGGAAGUCACAGAUUACCACAACAAUCCCACCACAGACACAUUGAAUUUAAGGGAAGUCAAAUCCACUUUAAUGUUAUGAUGUUUUAUUGCUAAAGAUAGUUGGACAUCUUUAUUGUGAUGCUUGCAGCCAUUUUUAUUUUAAAGAGACAGAAGACAUUAAAAUAAACCUCACACUGAUCAACUUGAAGUGACUCUCAAGCAGAAUACAAUAUAUAGUAUUAUUUAUUCUUAAAAUGACAGGGGUGACUCAAAUAUGUAGCAAAUGACCUAGCCAAGCAGAAAAGUAAGAAAACUGAAUACACAAUGCAAUUCGGCAAAAGCGAGUGGUAUGAGUUGCUGCACUUUAUUUUUUCAGGACGACCAUCGGUGUUGAUAUUUUCAUUUUAAAGUACAGCACUUGAAAGAGGUUUACAGCAGUGAAGUCACUUACUAUAAAGCACAUAUAGCCAGUCGAUAUCAAUAAUUUUCCUAAAAACAAAUGGUGACUACAAGUUUAUAUGUAAUGCACACUAUAAUUUCUCCAUUUAGGUAAUGGACAAUACCCAUAGCACAGCAACCCUAUGGGUUUCUGAAUCAUUUAUUUUUUAACACACAGUAACAUAUAUUUUGUUUUUUGAUCUGUAUUAUAUUACUGAAUAACUAAUGGUUGCCAGGGGCAUUGUGUUGCACACAAGACCCAUCCAUUAACAGCUGAUGUCAAAGGAACUUCCUAUGAUAAAACCAUACAUUGACUUAAAUUAAAAUCAGAAUAGGCUACUUUAGUUCCUAUGUGCAAAACGUUAUAUAUAUAUAUAUAUAUAUAUAUAAUAAAAAGUGGUACGAAUAUAACAAAGUCUUAUUUUAAAUCUUGUGUUAACCAAUGGUUAUUACUGUUUGGUCAAUCGGUUCAGCUUGAUAUACAGUAAACAUUUCCCAAGAAACUACAGCAAUAGCCUUCUGUUGCCGGUAACAUGUAAACUAGUUGGAAAAAAACAUACGUUGUUACCAAGCAUUUAUUCCCAUGUUGUAAAAGGCUGUCAUUAUUAAAUAUGGAAUUAUAUAAUGGUGUACCCAGCGUUGGAAAUAAUGAUGUACACGUAAAGCUGAAAGUGAAGGGUACACAGGUUUCCAACGUCUCAAUGGAUGCAGCACAAUGCGUACUGCAUGUGUUGCAGCUGAAUUGUUUGGCAGGGGAAACUUGAUUGGGUUUAAUGGAAAAAUAAAUAUUUCAUACAAAUUUUAAAGAGACAAGAAAGAAAAAGUCAGAAAUCAUCUUAAAAACUUGAUCUCAACCUGAUUGCCAGUUGAUUUUCAACUUCAAUGAGAACAACUAAUAGAGAAAGUGAUACAAAAGCGCCUGUCAACAUUAUUAUGCUUCACCAACAUUCAGUCUGAUGUUGAUCUGUCUUGUAAUGUAUAGUAUCAGGGAUGUUCCUUUCCAACCAUGUAAAUUGCAAUGGAGGGGCAAGCUGAUUUAUCAUUUAAAAAAAAAAAAAAAAUUCUUUACAAGCCAAAAUAAAUCUUUCGGAAGAACAAUGGCAAUGUAACGUGAAGGUGUCUUAUAUUUUAUACUUGUUUUUGAAACUGCAGAAAUAAUGGAUUAUUUGGCUUAUUUAUAGAACCAAUGGAAAUACUGUAGGUUGUUGCCAAGACAUUGCCCAAUAUUCAUUUGCCAUCAUAUCCAUGUUGACAAGGAAAAGAACAAAGCUCUUGUGUUUAACUGGGGGGGGGGGAUGUGCUGGCAUUCACUGCCAAGUACAUUCUCCCAGAGCUUUACUAGGAUGUGAUCUAAAUUAUAAAAGGCACAGAGUACAUCGAUAUCAUCUUUGAAACAUGUACCAUUUUCUUUCCUGAUGUCGCCUUUGUUCAUUGUUUCACUGAUAAACAUGGGGGAAAAAUAAAUAGAUGAUGUAUUUGCUGCUAUUUUAAAAUUAGAAAAAGAAAAUGUAAUUAUUAUAUCAUAAUAAAUGUUAUUCUUGUCAAGUACUGGGCUUCAUUGAUACCAUUUGACAUGAAAUACUGAUAUAUGCUGUUAUCCUGUUUCGCGGGUGUUAAAUCUUAAGCUAUUCAACGGUGCCAUGAAUGGUGUAAAAAACAGAAUACUGCAUUCCUCGACAAGCUUUUAUGUUGCUUAUCACAAUAUUUCAAAGAUUCACUCAAAGAAAUGCCAUGCCAUGAGAUCACUGGAUUUCUUUAACAAUGACUUGCUAAUUUAUUUACAGCAACUAACUUAGAUUAUGUAGUUAAUACAACUGUAUAUACACUUUACAUAGCAUAAAGUAUUAAAUCAGACCUGCCAAAAAUACAAUCAAUUGCCUUUAUUUCAAAUUGCAAAAAAAAGAAUAAAUGCCAAUUGAGUCAUAGAAGAGCUUCUAUUGCGGAAAGGGCAAGUUUUUUGUGCAACCGAUUAUAAGAACACUAAACUGGUGUAUAAAAUGACAUAUCUGACCUUUCUCAUGCCCUCCCUUUUGUCAAAAGAAAUUCUAACUUUCAGCAAGUUGCAUUUUGUGGAAUGAGGUCACGAGGUGGGAAUCACAAAGUAAAGAACAUUUGAGAGCAAUGUAGGAGGUAUACUGAAAACUGAAGUUAAAUAAGUUAUGUGUGUUUUAAGUAGAUGUAUAAUAGUAUUCAAUGUACAACAUGUAUUAUUUUGAACUACCUGUAACCAGUGUCUUUGCUUUGCCAGCAUGUUGGACAGUCAGGAUAAAUUGAUUUGGAGGUGAAAAAAGGAUAGGAGGUAUUUUGUUACAGUUUUGUAUACUGUUCCCAGUUUAAUUCAAUACUUUUGAUCACUUUAAAGCAAAAUGUAUUAAGGUUUAUUCAUAGGCUUUAUCAAUUAUUUAGCCUUUCUAGCUGAACAAACCUCUUAGCUGUAACUUAAUUCUAAAGAACCCGAUUGCAGUGAUAUCAUUAUUUAUGUACAGUAUAGUAUUUAUGUACUGGAACAACACUACAUAUAAGGCAGACAGUGUAAAAUGUAAAUAAUAGUAUACAUUUAUAGUAUAGAUGUGUCAGUUAAUUCUUUAAUGAUGCAAACUGGUUGUAAGCUUUUCAUAAAAAAAAAAAAAAAGGUUAAAAACAUUUUAUAAAAAUUCCUUCAAGACCAAACAUUUUACAUUAACAACAGGAUGUAUAUUAGCCAUCAGCAGUUGCAUAUGAUCUUUAGAAAUCCAAAACCCCACUUAGGUUAGGAAAGCAGAAAUUACUCUUUCUUAUCAUCUCAAAGCUCUGUUUCCAAAUCAACUAAUUGGCAUUGGCCAAAGUAAACAGUACAGUUCCAUACCAAACAUAUCUUAUUGUUGGACUAAGUGUACUAUAAAAAAAUUCUCCGUACUAGGCAGCAAAAAAACAAUUAUUUUGGGUCGAGGAGCCACUUGAGAAAAUAAAGACUGCUUGUAUUGGUUGCCAACAAGCCCAUAUACAUUGAUUUGAGGGAAAAAGACAACCAGUUCUUCACAAAGAUAAUUUAUUUUAACAAAUUAUUUCCAUUAUUCUUAUUUUUUAUUUUAGCUUUUCUCUUCACAUAUUUUUUAAAAAACAAAAAAGCACAAACAAAAUCAACGUGUUGACAGUCUUAAUCAUGAGUAGACUUAAUUUGAUACAAUCGAACACCUCUUUUUUAUACACUCAAUUUUCCACAGGUGAUUAAUCACCUUUGCGUCACAAACCUUCUAUUGACAAUUAGAACAAUCAAAAACAAAUGAACAUAAGUAGUAAUUAGGUACAGAAACAAAAACAAAAGGCAAAAGACCAUACUUUUUAAUAUUAUUUUAAACACUCAAUCUGUACAUCGACACAAGACUUUUUAUACCACUAGAUAGUCUUUUACUAAAGUUACUUUUUUUUUUUUUUUUACUCUGCAACUUGAAUAAUGAACUGAGGUAUAUUUACAUGCAAACAUACAUUCUACAAAAAAGAGGAGCCAGAUAUAUUUACAUUCUCAGCUUUCUGCUAUAAUGCACUAAAAGAACACAAAAAAUGUCCCCGUAAAGUCUUAACACAAACAGAAUAUUUUGACUUAAACUUAUCUCCUCUAUGCAAAUAUAUAUUUGUAUAUUUACAAAUGACUCUUGACAGGUUCAAAAAACAAUGAAAAAAGUCCACAGGGACAUAUUUUUCUUCAUAAUUCUCCUUGGAGUGGGUGCAUUUUGACAGUCUUUCCUGGCAGCAGUGACUUAUCACAGAACUGUUUCAAAAUACCUUAAGUGAUAUGUUAACAAAAAUUGCAUUGCAUGCCUACUGUUCUCUGCUUAAUUGUUUACUUAGGAAAAAAUGGAUGUGCCUUUAACUUUAGUUUACAAUCUACAUACUGUAAUUACAACCAUCUGCAAAAAAGAACAAUGUUAGGGAAUUAAAGCCUGCUGUUUUUUUCUAAAAUCAGACUAUAAAUAGGAUGUGAACUUUACACUGGCCAAUUUGUUUGCAAUGUUUAAUCUCUCUGAUUUGCUCUAAAAAGCUCAAAUGCUAGCAUAGAUUUUCAUUAAAUUUGCAAGUACUGCUUGAUAUCAUUGAUUGUAUCUAAAAUCAAGUGCUAAAAUAAAAAUACGAUACCAGUUUUA